AUGUCUGGAUCGCGCAGCAAUGGUAACAGCGGACCACCACGGGGCAAGCCCGGUCGCCCACCUCAAGCUGGCCGAACCCGUGCAGGCCCAUCACACCCGAAGGCUACAUCCCAAGUACCUGCCGACAAGAGACGCCUCGGUGCAUACACCGAGGAGCUCUUCGAUCCAGUCACUUUGGAAUCGCUCUCCGACCACGCCAAUGACUUCGUGUUCAUGAACGGGCUAGACGGGGACUGGGCUCGGCGAGCAACUAUCAAGGAGCACGAACGGGCGGUCGAGCUGUUCGUCGACACUUUGCCAAUGGGCAUGGCCUUUCGUUUCCAAACGCGCUGGGACCAAGCUGGGGGCCGCAUGUUUACCGACAUGAUCGACAUUGUCAACGAGGAGAUUGUGGAGCGUGAAGAGGCGAGCAGAACCGGUAGAAGGUUUAGGCCGUUCCCUGACGAGGAUUUCAACGGCAUGGCCAUGCCCAAACUCCCGCAACCGGUAACGUGGCGAAGGCUCCUGGACCAGUACCUGUAUUUCAGCGAGCAGUUCGGCGUCUAUGCCUCUGGACACCGGUACAGCGACGAAGAGUCUUUGGCGGUCGACAACUUCCUCUGUGCCCUCCCCUUGAACCUUCGAAGGCGGUUCCGCCAGACUUGGGAUGCGACUGGGUCGGGGAAGUGGGCAGACAUGGUCGACAUCGUCGAGCGAGAGGUGGAGCGCCUCAGAGGGUCGGCCCUACCUCCUGAGAGCAUGGCGCUGCCGCGACCUCUCCCGUCCCAGAACACCACAGGUCCUUCACAACGUCCAGCGACAGCCCCAGAACCUGUCGAGCAGCCUCGCCUUGGCGCGUACACUCAAUCCCUCCACGAACCCGUCACCCUCAUCUCGCUCUCUGACCAUGUCCAUGACUUCGUGUUCGAGAACGGACUGGAGGAGGACUGGGGUACGCGUGCGACUGUCAAGGAGCACGAGCGCGCCGUGGAGUUGUUCCUCGACACCCUGCCAGGAGAGAUGGCCUUCCGGUUCCAGACUGAGUGGGACCACAUCGGAGGGCGUACAUUCAACCAGAUAGUCGACAUCGCCAAUGAGGAGAUAGAGAACCUUGAGGAGGCGGAGGACGCAGGUGUCGAGUACGCUCCCCCAGUGUCUGUGGGUCGCAAGUGGAUGUUUCCCAAGGUCAAGGCCCCCUACAUUGCUGAGGGACUCGCCUCCCACCUUGCGGGUCAUGCUUGCUCCCCGGAUUACGACGACGAUGAGCCACAGGACGAAAGAGCACGCCAGUUCGAGAAGUGGUCGCGCAGAAAUCGACAUAUCAUCCUUCCCCUCAUCGACGAGUUCCUCUUUCCGCUGCCGGUCGACCUUCGGCGCCGCUUCCGUCGCGAGUGGGAGAAGAGUGGCAGCGCGACCUUCCCGGGGAUGGCGAGGAUCGCCAAAUCUGAGUUGAGGUGCCUGCAGAAGAAGGCCUCGGCUACUCAAGAUACCCAAGCCGCCGCGAGUCCAACUGUUGCCUAUACAGGGAUUGCGAUUGUGACGACGACCGAGCAGCCCACGGCCUCACACACUGCCAGCUCCAGGCCCCAGCGGCAGGCGCGCGACGGCGAGUCGCAACGCCAACGCAAGCCACCUUCACCUCCUCGCGACGCGGCGGCCCAAGGUUCGCUUGCUGCCUCCAUGGCCGGCCUGGGGAUCUCGAGCCCUCCUGCCGAGCCCACGAUAACACGACAAGCUUCCAUGCCUGCGCAAGAACACUCAACUGCGCACAAUAUACCGUCUCAGCAAGUCCACACAGGCACCGGCACGCGUCCGUCUGGCUCGACAACAUUCUUCAUCACCACCGGUGGCACGCACUCUGUCGUCAAGGACCGAGGGCUGCUCAUCAACGUCAAACGGCUCGCCAUUCCAGUGCUGCUAUCGCACGCGUACCUCACCCCCGACCCGGAGCACAUGCUCUGUGCACGGCACGUCGGCACGCUACUCUUCCGUCGCCCGGGCGGACCGAUGGACAUCAGCAUCCCCAACGUCUACUUCUGCCCUGAUGGCGAGUUCAAUAUCCUCGGUCGUAAUGCGAUAUCGCCUGACGGCUUGCGAUUUGAGAAGGACGCCAUCGUGUUCCAUCAUACGGGGCUGCGCUUCGCCAGCAACGACAACGGCCUUAUCUCGUUCCACUUGCCCCACCACGGGCCGGGAGUCCACCGGCCAUCGAAGCUUAGGAAAGACACGGCGUACAUGCUCAGCGUUGGCAAGUAUGAGUGGGUGGACGGGCAGCUGGUCCGCGCGGCGUAG